AUGGCUUCACAUCCUACCAGCGAACGGCUCACUUUCGAGAGGCGCGAUGGCCGGCUCGGACCUGCUAUAGGGAUGCAUACGGCAUUUUCCGGGCUGCCCGCCACAUUUACAGGCAGCACCGGCACAAAGCACCGUGGCGAACAUCCGAGGCUGGUCUCCCCACGGGCCUACCUGUCCUCCCCGAUUUCUGCAAGGAAACGGGACGUUGGGCUACAGUCGCAAAUCGGCGCUAGCUUCAGAAUCCUCGAAUCAGAUAUCUCAGGAAAUACCGAGGGCAGGGAUCCAGUCGCCGCACUGGAAGUGUACAAGUGGCCACAGGAGUUUGACCUGUCCUAUGACUAUUGCUUCGACCUCGUACUUUUGAGGCUACGAUCCUCCCUCAUCGACUCGAGUGGAGAUACAGAUUUGGCGGACCAUAGUUCAAUUCUGGCCAAGUACAUCGACCCUGUUCUAAACUUCGUGAAUCGGGACAUAUUUGACCCACAUGGUGCGAACGGACCGCUGAUAUACAGAGAAGUGCAGACUGGUAUAGGAUAA